AUGCCGCUCUUCUUAGUUGUCCUUUGUUCACCUUUUUGUAGUCUCCUGACAUUCAAUGACCUCCUGAUGACACUCUUGAAAGACGGGUGCAUCUCGGAAGAGCGGGUCCAAGCUGCUAAAUCCUAUAACGCAAAGUGGCAGUUCAAUUCGCUGCGCCCUGCUGCUUCGCUUUCAGAUGUUCAUUUCACCCCCGAGAUUGGUCAGCUGCUGUUCCAGCAUAUGAAAACAAAAGGUUCUCGUCUUUGCCUUGCCGUUGACAGCCCUACCACUGCUGAAGAAAUCAUCAGCCUGGCUGAACGUCUCGCACCUAAACUCUGCGCGCUCAUGUUACACCCGGAGCUUGUGACAGACUUCUCGCCUGACUUCACCGGCCGUCUACGUCUGCUGGCUAAUAAGAAGGGUUUCCUUCUGAUCGCAGACAGGAAACUCGCCGAUGUCGGGAAGACGACUAUGCACCAACUAACCGGUGGACAGUUCAAACUCACGGACUGGUGCGACCUGCUGACCGUCCACGCACUAACCGGCACCAACCAGCUGACAACACUUCGCAAGGUCAACCAGUCCGCGCGAAGAUCCACACCCCUAUCAGCUCUCAUUGUGGGCGAGAUGGACGCCGAGGUAGACCCAAUGUGCUACUGCGUUCUUAUUAUUGUAAACUUGGUUACUUAUGUGAUGUAG